ACUGAUCAUCUUUUCGAUCGAAAAAUCUAUUUCGAUGCUCGAUCAAAGGAACGUUUCAAAGAAGAAACAACUUUUCGUUGUUUCGUGGCAGUGAAACUGUGUGUGUUGAAGAAACAAAUUCUUACCGUUGUUAAUUCGAACGGUAAAAUAAAUGUUACGCAACGGUUGCUUUUUCAGAUAUUUUCCGUCUAGCGUACUUUCACGCUCCAACAACGUAAUUGUUCCCUUUUAUCCGUGAAAUUGAAAGGAGGAACGCGCGCGGUUUGCGUGGCUCGAUCGCGAUCAGCAACACCUCCACACCGUCGACUUUUACUGUCCUUGCAAUUCGAUCCGUCAAAGUUUCUCCUGUAAUAAGAUCUAACGGUAAUCGUGUAGGACGAGUCAGCAAUAAGCAGCGAUUUUCGCGUUAUCGAGCAAUAACUUUCACAGAUAUUCCUCCUACGUAAAAUUUUCACGUUCGAACGAUUGAAUUUUUCCAUCGGUGGCUCGAGUGAUCGACACAUGUGUAACAAGAUAGUUUGCUGUUCCAUAGGUGUUGUUUUCCCCUCUGACAUUCCCCUCUCGUUUUUCUGUGAAAUCGAAGGGAACGGACGCGUGGUGGCUGACCAUGAUCAGUAGUAGAUCCGAGUCAGCGUCAGACAAUCUCGCUUCCUCCGUUUCGAUCGCGCGAACCUUGUAAGGAUCGUCGAUUCAGGCUGCGGGUGACACAACGUCCAAUCGCGGAAGGCACUGUCGGUUGCAAAAGGGUUCUUUUCCGACGAGGCGCUUCCUUUUCGCGAACAAGAGGUUUCCUUUCCGGCCGGAUGCGACCGUUCGCGAGAAUAAUAAACGCAGAAAGGAAGGUCAGCAACGGUGAGGACAGAAACCGAAAGAAGAAACGAAAAUAGAGGCUCACCACCUAUGCCAAUGGCCCAUUUUCCCCUCUAUUCUAAGAUGAUCCGCCGCCACCUCCGCCGCCGCCACCACGUUCCGAAUGGCGCCGAAUCAGCGAGGAUGCAGCUCUCGACGUGUUGCGGAUGCUACUCGCUGAAAGCGGGGACGAUAUUCACCGGAAUACUCGGCAUCGUCCUCUCGAUCGUCUCGUUGAUCAUGAUCUUCACACUGAACGUCGAGUGGAAGACGAUACUGAUCGACGUGCUGGAUCAGAGCAUCGUCAGAAUCAUUUUCGCAAUAAACCUUUGCAUGACGAUUCUGAUCUCGAUGUUGCUCAUAAUUGGCGCCCUCAAGAAAAACACGUUUAUGAUGCUGCCAUGGGUGGUUCUGGGCUUGAUCCUAGCGGUUGGCCUGCUCGUCAGCGUCGUUUACACGUCCAUCAUGUUCUUCGUCAAUCACGAAGUCAUAAACGGUGCACUUUGGCUCGUCGUUGGCUUCGUAUCCGUCGUGAUUUACACGUACUUGUGGCUGGUGGUGUACAGCUACUUCCAGCAGAUGAGGUACGACAAAUUGAACAACAGAAUCGACCCGUACGGAAGGCCGUACAAUUAUCGACGACCUUGAAGAGCACGGAAAAAUGAAUCGAUGAGCCCGCGAGAAACAGAAGAGAGAUCGUGAUACGUGUCUCGCCCUCCCGAAGGGAUUAGACUGUUUUUUUACAAGGAGAAGAUCGACUCGUGAAACGGUCUAAUUGCUUCGAGAGAGAGAGAGAGAGGAGUCGCUUAAAGUUCAAUUAGCGAAAUAGCACCAAAGCACGAGGCGACCUCGACCUCGACCCCGACGAAACGUUUAUUAAUUGAUUACGUUUCGUAAUGCAUUACUAAUCGCGAACGGUAGAAACGAGCAUGUUUAUGGCCGACGGAGCUGCCUCCUCGAAUGGGACUUGCAGAGAAGCCUUAUAUCGUUCGAGGGUGCAAUAUAGUCGGGGAAAAUACAAUCUGAUAUGCAAUUAUAAUAACACCGCAAUUGGUAUACUCUAUCGUGCGAUUACGCAAUUACAUAUUUUCUCCAGACUAUGAUAUUUAUUUUUCGUGUAAAGUGGACGCGUUCUAGAUACCGGAAACGAGAUAAAUAUACAUGUAUGUAUAAUCAAUCGGAGAGAAGAAUUUACAGACUCUGUUCUUCGGGAGGAAAACCGACACUGCCGGCGCGGCGCAGCGCCAUAUAAAAAAAAGCGAGGAGGCUGAUUCCUCCGCGGUACGGAAAUAGAUUCCGUAUUCAAGGAUAACGAAAAUGUUAAGCGUAUGCAAAAAUAUACGCGUUGCCUCACCGCGCUUGGAACCAGUCUCUCCUACGCAAGGUUAACGACUGACUUAUUUAUUUUCCUCAGUUUCGUUUCCACACACACACACACACACUCCCCACUCCUCUCGUACACGUCUUUUUAACGCGUAUUCGUUUCUAAUUAUUGUUAUUUAUUGAAAUUAUUCUUCUUUUAAACACUACACGCGGAGAGAUAAAAGUUA